CCCGCUGUAUUCAAAAAUAAUUGAGAUGGGAUUCUCCUCAUAACAUCGUUUAAAUUCACCAUUUACACCUAGAUUGAACUGGCCGCCGUCCUGUCUGAACGUAUCAGUGAUUGUGCUACUGUUCGAGGUACUGCCGACUUGACCAUGGAUUUGCCUAGGCCUGGACUUCCUGAUGAGAGUGCGCUGAGGGAUUUGGCAGAGCAGAAGGAAAAAGAGUGGAGAGAAAUUCAGGAGCUUAGAAGCCAGACUCUUGAGGCAGGAUAUAAAGACAAAGAGAAACAGCUAAAUGAAGAGAAAUCCCGCUUUCAGAAGUUGAAGGAAGACUUCAAGUACAAUCUGAAGCUGAUUGAUGAGAGGGACAAGGAGCUUGAGAGAUAUGAAAAGAUUUUUCAAGAUUGCAAAUUGACACUCAUACACAAGUCAGCAGAAGUGAGCGAUUUGAAAAUCAAGAUAGAUGAGUUGGAGCGGAAUGUAGCUCGGGAGAGAGAACGAUGUGAUGAGUUACAGGUUCAUUAUCAACAACGUCUGAGAGAAAAACAAGCAGAUAUCAACGAUUACAGAUGUACAAAAGAUGCAGAGGUACAGAAGGAGAGAGAUGGCUUGGAGACUAUUAAGAGAAACUUACAAAGACAGAUUAAAGAGAUUGAAGAUGAGUUGGAUACACAGAGACAUGAACUGACAUCAGGUUUUGAUGAAGCGAUUUCGAGGCGAGAACAUGAAUACAGGAAACAAGUUGAUGAGAUGAGCAGUCAGGUAUUGGCGUAUGAACUCAAGGUGAAACUUCUUCAGAAAGAGUUGGAGAUGACCCAGUGUCACCAAGUGAAGACAAAGGAAGAAUACACAAACAUUGAAGGCAACCAUCGCGAUCUCGAGAAGAAGUUGAAAGAGAAAGACUGGGAAUUAGAAGAUACAAAGGCGAUGAAAGAGGCCAGGAUCACAGAGUUAGAGUGCCAGUUGAAGCAGACGCAAGAAAGCAUGAAAAGGAUGCAGGAAGACUAUGAACGGAAGCAUGCUGAGAUGGAUCGGUACGCUCGAGAAAAGGAGGCAGCCAUAACAAAGAUCAAGGAGGCGCACCAUGAGCAUGAGAGGGGACUUCAGGACAAGAUCAGGGAGCUGCAGAGCCGCUUAGAAGAGACCCAGGUGGAGUCAAGGAGACAUGAAUGGUCCAAUCAAGACUUGUUAAAAGAUAGAGAGAUGCAAGUGCAAAAGCUUCAUAAGGAGUUGGGUGAAAUCAAAGAUAAAUGGGACCUACAGAUUUCGGACAUUUCCCGUAGCACUGUGACCAGGGAUCUUGAAUUCGAGGCAAUCAAGGAAUCUAAUGAAAAACUUAAAGCUGAACUGGUUCAGAGGAAACAGGACAUUGAAAGGUACAAGAAGGACUUAAAUCUUGCUGUUGAGAGAGAGUCGAGCCUGGAACGAUCCAAGGCACAACUGGAGUUGGACUGGCAGAGACGGUACGAGGAUGCCGAGAGACACCAGUUUGAGAAGUCAGAGGAUCUUGUUAAGAAUUUAACAAUAGCUAGAGAUCAGGCGUUUUCUGACUUGAAGGAAAAGCAGCGUGAUUUGAAGCAGCGAGAGGAUUUGAUCCGAGUACUUACCAGAGACCGAAACGCAGUGAUGGUGACAAUGAAGCAGCAUGGCCUAACUUUAGAUAAGAAUAUUCAUCUGGACAGCCUUGAAUAUGUGCCAGAAACGGCCCAGAGGGAGAUCAUCGACCUGAAGGAGCAGAACCAGAGUCUGUGUGAGGUCAUCAAGCAGAUGAGGGAAGAGAUGGAAAGACUAGGAGCAGAGAUGCCACCAGAUGUCAGAAAACUCAAGUCACCAGCAAAAAGUCUUCACUCGUCAGAUUAUAUCAAAAGUUUAGAAUUAGAAGUCAAAGAGUUAAAGUCAAAGAUACGUAGCCUCCAAGCUGAUCUGUCUGAUCGCAGGGGAUUUGAACGACCAGUUGCUGGACCCGUGAAAACUGAUGAUGAUGUGAUGGCAGAGGUCGGUGAUAAUGCCCUCAUCAGGAGUCAUAUACAGUCACUGAAUGAUAUGAUAGGGGCGCUCCGAAGUGAGAAAGUUGACCUCUCCGCCCACACUAAGAAAUUGCAAGCGAGAAUAGAACACCUGGAGAGCCUUGUGGAUCAACUCUCCAAACAGCCACGGCAAAAACAGCUCGAGUUGGAUCAACUCCAGUACGAACUGGGUGCCCAGAGCAGACGGAACCAAGCGGAGGUGUCAAGCCUUCGACAUCGGGUGUCGGAACUUGAGCUCGAGCUGGCAGAGACGAGGAAAGAGGCUGAUGAAUACUUCAAGGGGAAUUUGGAACGAAAUAUGGAGGCGACUGCUCUUGGCAAUCAGGUAUCUGCUAUGAAAUUGCAGAUGGCUCAGAGGAAUCCAUCUAUAAACUAUGGAGCACAGGAAUUGGUAAUCCAACAACUCCAUGAGGAAUUGGAACGUCUCCGACGUCAUCAUGCUGGACAGGACAGCCAGCUAGGUUUUGAUGCCUCGUUCAAAUCUGUGGGUCACGGUAUAACACAGGUGACGCAACUGCGAGGGAAACUCAAGAUGGCCGCCAAACAUAUCAGUCAAUUGGCAAAGGAAAAACAGCAGCUCAUUGAAGUCGGCAACAGGAUGAGAGCUGAGUUAAUUAAAAAUGGUAUCAAAGUUCCAACAGCCCCACCAAAGGCGCCUCCUAAAGUCAUGCCAGCUGAGCCUCUCUACCCAACACAGGGGCCAGGCAGCCCUCGCGCUUUGAAUAACAUGGUCUCGAAUAAACUAAACCAACUUGAAAAACUACAGUAUGAACUGACUAAACAGGAACUUGCCUUUGCUCAGAAGAAAGGUACAGAUAAAGGGAGGCCGGCCCAGCAUGUUUACAACUCAGAAAGUUCAUCAGAUAUAAACAGCGAUGAGUAUCGACCUCCGUCCAUUCUUAAAAGGCCACAUUCAGCUCCUCAGGGCGAAAUGCGAUCAUCAGGUUUCCGAGCUACAGGAAGUAGCAUGGGUAAUACUCAGCGGACCUCCUCACCUGCUGCCAUGGACCCUCAGCUGAUUAUGAGCUUAUCUUCUGUAGGUGGGGAGUCACUUCAGGACCUCUGGAAGAUGGUGGAUGAGGGCCCGAGUAUUUUCACAUCAAGGGAACCAUCCCAUGCAGUUGGUGUGUCACAGCUGCCCACCCAUAUAGAAGAAGAAGCAAGCCAAAUAUCUGAUCGUAAGACUCAGGAGGAACCAGUCCAGCCAUCACCAUCGACAUCAAACGGUUGGACAGUGAAGGGACAGCCAGCUAAGAAAGAAGCCCGGACAAGGUCGGGGGUGAUAUUAUCCGAUAAAGCUGCAGGAAAAGUUGGAAAAAAGGGCAAGAAAAAGACUAAUGUGAGGAAUUAUAAUGUUAAGAACUGACUCGGUGGCAUGGAGAGCUAUAAACAUUUCACAAUCAUCUGCAAAGAAUGGACAAUUUACUAAAACUCAGAAUUAUGAGUUCUAGCUGGAAGCAUUUUAAUGGGAGACUAGAGAGACUGGAGCUAGAUGGGCCUGAUUUAGUUAUACAAAGUUGAUGAUAGGUGUCACUACUAUCUCACAGUAUAUCUGCAUUAUUCGCACUUAAUAUACCGGCUGUAGAGGAAAUUCUAUGUAAUACGCAUUUAAAGCUAAAGAAUGUUUUAUCUUGUAUUGUAAAAAUGAUGCACAUACCUUGUUAAAUAUCAAAAUGAAGAAUUUGUUGAGCAAAAUCAUGACAUGUU